CCAGGCUUUUACAUCGUCUCCUACCAUAUUCACACGGACAUAGACGUGUCAUAGUAUUGGACCACGUCUCGUUUCAGAUCUGGGAUCACUGACGAGCUCUAAUGAGGCUUUCCACCAGUGCGCGCUUUUCGCGGUAGAAUCCGUCCAGCCGAUUGACUUAGGCCUACGGACCACUGGGGUUGCUAUUGGCUGUACGUGCGCCAGCUUUAAUAUGGCGGCCGGCCUCCCCUCUCCUGCCAGCGUGUGUUUGCUCGUUCACAUGGUGUUGCAAGGUUGGUUGGGUCUGCUGCGGUGGUCCAUCCGGUGCUGCCGAGUGUAAAAUAGUUGCGGUCGCCGAACAAAUGCCUCGUGCUAACUGUACCUGGAGGAGCGUCGCGAACUUAGUGCGCAGUCCCACCCGCAUUCAACACUUUCGCCUAUGGAUUCUGGUGAAAGGCUAUGGUUCUGGCUACUCCGCGUUUACAACUGCCAGACAGUUUCUAGGUUUCUGGGUUAGGUUGGACUGCACAAUGUCAAGAUUUCGGCAUCUCAGUCAUUCGUCGCCGUGGAGUUGUCAUCCGGGUCCUCUUUUGGUGCUUCUCUCGUCCACCCCGAUCCUUCACACACAAGGAAAAAUUAUAACUUUAUUGUUUACACUUCAUUGAAAUGGCGAUCAAACAAGAACGACACAGUAAGGUCCGAGUGCUUGCGGCUGUGUGUAUACUUGUCUUUCUGCGGAACGGAGACACGCUCAAUUGUUGGCUUGCGUGUCCAAACGAGUUUUAGAACAGGAUGCAGAAGAAGCUAUAUCGGUGAAACUAGAAAGCCCUGAAAAAUUCCCUAGACUUGAAAGCAAUAAAGAUUUUCAAAAAUAACUCGUUCUCGAUUUUUUUCCAAAACUCGUCUUUCCGUUUCUGCCAUUACUGAAUUCAAUAGAACUUUUUUCAUUCUAAUUU